GGUCUGAAGCAUGUGGGCCUCUUGGCGUGCCGGAUGCUGUUGAGCGCCGUGUUCUCCCGGGGCGCCGCGGAGCCGGGCGACGACUGGAGCCCGCCGUGUGGACCGGGCGAAGGUUUGGAAGGCCAGGGAGGCCCAGGUAAUUCAUCAGAACAGGAUCGACACCCGUAUCCUCUGCGGCCUUUCAAUGGAUCCUGUCCGACCACCCUUCAGGGGCUCUUCUGUGCACCCAUCUCAGUGUGUACGGAUGCCAGGCCCUUGGCCACAAGCUCCUAAACCUUUGGACUCAGCUCUGGGCAGGGCAGGACCUGCAGGCAGAGGCCAUGUGUUUGGAAAGCCAGGGGAACCAAGCAAACAGAGUGGGCCAGCACAAAGGGAAUCUGUAGGUUUCGUGUCUAUGUUCCGAGGACUGGGCCUUGAAACUGUGUCCCGGGCCCCUCUGAAACGGGAAAUGCCUCCAUCAGGUAGAGGCAUUUUAGGUCGAGGCUUGUCUGCCAGUAUGGUACGCAAGGACAAAGAAGAACCCCAUUCCACUUUUGCGGAUCCUUCUGUGUUGGCAGCUGGGGAUAGCAAGAUGGCAGAGGCCUGUGUUGGUUGGAAUAGAAUGCUUGGAAGAGGGAAUUCGAAUACAUCUUUAUUAUCUUUGGGAAGAGCAGCUGGUGGUUUAGGCAGAGGAGUACACAAGGCUCCUGGUGCUAUCAGCCUGACUUGUCGAGAUCCUUCCCAGCUAUCAUCACCACCACCUCUGCCGCCAUCCUCACCGCACUCUCUGGAUCACUCUCUACUUGGGGCUGUGGAACAUAAGGAACAUAAGGAAAAAGAGGUUUUUGUGAAGCAGGGCUCAAAAGGAACACCUCAAUCUUUAGGAUUGAACCUUAUCAAAAUACAGUGUCAUAAUGAAGCAGUUUAUCAAUAUCAUGUGACCUUCAGCCCCAAUGUGGAGUGCAAAAGCAUGAGGUUUGGCAUGUUGAAGGACCAUCAAGCUGUCACCGGAAACGUUACUGCUUUUGAUGGAUCCAUUCUCUAUCUGCCUAUUAAACUUCAACAAGUUCUUGAGCUAAAAAGUCAAAGGAAAACUGAUGGCGCAGAUAUCAACAUUAAGAUUCAAUUGACAAAGACCCUGGAGCCCUGUUCUGACUUGUGCAUUCCUUUCUACAAUGUUGUUUUCCGUCGGGUAAUGAAACUUUUAGAUAUGAAGCUUGUGGGGAGAAACUUUUAUGACCCUACAAGUGCUAUGGUACUGCAGCAACACAGGUUGCAGAUCUGGCCAGGCUACGCAGCUAGCAUCCGAAGGACAGAUGGAGGUCUUUUUCUCCUAGCUGAUGUCUCCCAUAAGGUCAUUCGGAAUGAUUCGGUUCUAGAUGUCAUGCAUGCCAUUUAUCAGCAGAACAAAGAAAACUUUCAGGAUGAGUGCACUAAGCUUUUGGUUGGCAAUAUUGUUAUAACCAGAUACAACAAUCGUACCUAUCGUAUUGAUGAUGUGGACUGGAAUAAGACACCAAAAGAUAGCUUCACAAUGUCUGAUGGAAAGGAGAUCACAUUUUUGGAAUACUACAGCAAAAACUAUGGAAUCACAAUUAAGGAAGAGGACCAACCACUGCUGAUCCACAGGCCCAGCGAGAGACAGAACCAAGGGAUGCUGCUAAAAGGUGAAAUCCUGCUGCUGCCUGAGCUUUCAUUCAUGACUGGAAUCCCCGAGAAGAUGAAGAAGGACUUCAGAGCCAUGAAGGAUUUGACCCAGCAGAUUAACCUGAGCCCCAAACAGCACCAUAAUGCUUUGGAAUGCUUGCUGCAGAGAAUUUCAAAGAAUGAGACAGCCAGCAAUGAACUGGCACGCUGGGGACUCUAUCUGCAGAAGGAUGUACAUAAGAUUGAAGGACGUGUUCUGCCAAUGGAAAGAAUUAACUUAAGAAAUACUUCAUUUAUCACAUCUCAGGAACUAAACUGGAUUAAGGAAGUAACCAGAGACCUUUCCAUCUUGACUGUCCCCAUGCAUUUCUGGGCACUGUUUUACCCAAAGAGAGCAAUGGAUCAGGCCAGAGAACUGGUUAACAUGUUAGAGAAGAUAGCUGGCCCCAUUGGUAUGCGCAUGAGCCCACCAGCCUGGGUUGAACUAAAGGAUGAUCGAAUAGAGACCUACGUCAGAACCAUUCAGUCCAUGCUAGGAGUUGAGGGGAAGAUACAGAUGGUUGUUUGCAUCAUCAUGGGCACACGUGACGAUCUCUAUGGGGCUAUUAAAAAGCUGUGCUGUGUGCAGGCUCCUGUGCCCUCACAGGUCAUCAAUGUCCGAACCAUUGGUCAGCCAACCAGGCUUCGGAGUGUGGCCCAGAAAAUUUUACUUCAGAUUAAUUGUAAAUUGGGUGGUGAGCUCUGGGGAGUGGAUAUUCCUCUGAAACAAUUAAUGGUGAUUGGGAUGGAUGUUUACCAUGACCCUAGCCGAGGCAUGCGCUCUGUGGUUGGCUUUGUUGCGAGCAUCAAUCUCACUCUCACAAAAUGGUAUUCACGAGUGGUAUUCCAGAUGCCUCAUCAGGAGAUUGUGGAUAGCCUGAAGCUGUGCCUGGUGGGCUCCUUAAAAAAGUUUUACGAGGUAAACCACUGUCUCCCAGAGAAGAUCGUAGUGUACCGUGAUGGAGUGUCUGAUGGCCAACUAAAGACGGUUGCCAACUAUGAGAUUCCUCAGCUACAGAAGUGUUUUGAAGCUUUUGAGAAUUAUCAGCCCAAGAUGGUAGUAUUUGUAGUUCAGAAGAAAAUCAGCACCAAUCUGUACCUGGCUGCUACUGAGCACUUUGUGACUCCCUCCCCUGGGACUGUGGUAGAUCAUACCAUAACAAGCUGUGAGUGGGUGGACUUCUACCUUCUUGCUCAUCAUGUACGGCAAGGUUGUGGCAUUCCUACCCAUUACGUCUGUGUUCUCAACACUGCAAACCUGAGCCCUGAUCACAUGCAGAGGUUGACUUUCAAAUUGUGCCACAUGUACUGGAAUUGGCCUGGCACCAUCAGAGUUCCAGCUCCUUGCAAGUAUGCCCACAAGCUUGCUUUCCUGUCAGGACAAAUCUUGCAUCAUGAACCAGCCAUCCAGUUGUGCGAAAACCUGUUCUUCCUGUGACUGGACGGCCAGGAUGUGGGCUGGUUAGGGAGGUUAGAGUUUUGAACUCAGCUGUACUCCUGUAGGAGCAACAGGGAUGGAAAUGGUUUUUGUGUUGGUGGGGUUUUUUCACCAACCCAGUAGAAUAAGAUGCCUUUUCUUCUUUUUUUUUUUUUUUCCUUUUAUACCUGAUAGCACCAAGAAAUAAGUUCCAUUCUAAAUGUCAGCUGGAAAUUGCCUUGUGGUCUUUGUAGAGCAAACGGAGGCAGUACUGUACCUGCAUAGAUGGAAGGGUGAAUACGGGGGAUCCUUUAAGAGCCUCCACAGCCAACAUGAGCUGUGGAGACCUGCAGAAGCAACAAUUACACCUUCUAAGUUCUGCUUACUAAGCAGUUACCAUUUCUGGCGCCAGAGGUGAUAAUGAACGAAGUCAUUCCAAGUUUCUUAAAGUAGACAGUUACUUUAUUUGGGCAACUGAGAAAGGUAAUAAAAAGGCCUGUGAGGCAAAGUUUUCAAGAUAUUGCUAUUACUGGCAAGUGUGAAAGGCACGUAGUAAAACCAGCUGGUGGCAUAUUCAGGCCCUUCUGACCUAAUCUUGUCUGGGGAUUGAGUUUAUGACACCUGUGAUACAAGUUGGCUUUGAAGAUUUUGAAAGGGGCCUUUAAGUCAUUCCUUAGCCUCCUGAGAGAAGUCAGAUAAAGUUUUUUUCUGUAUGUUUUAGUUGCUUUACAGUGCCCUAUGUUGAUUUUUUCCUACACUCUUCACCCCUGACACACACUUGCUCUAUUACUGAUCUUUAAUAAGCUUCAGCUUUUAAAUUAAGAAUGAGAACAUGGUGAAAUUCAGCAGCUAGAAAGGUUCAUGACAGAAUGUGAACCUUCCUCAAACCUUCCUCCCAGGAAGGCCUCUCUUUGCUGAUGUGUUUGUAAAUGGAAUCAUUGAUUUCCCCUGCUCAAUAACCUAUUCCUGACUGUUGGCUCAUUUUGUUAGGAAUUUUUCUGAAUCCAGCGUAAGAUUUCCAGAAGUGAGCUUUGGAAAACAUGACACUCCUGCCAAAGUCCAGGCAUUUCAGCUUAGCAAGUUGUCACUAUGCCUGUGGGAUUUUUUUGUGUUUACUUUUCCCUGUUUUAAAAUCUUCUAACCCCUUUAGGGUUAAUUCAGUUUUAACUUUCUUUAGCUGGUUUUAAAAGCCAGUUUCAUUUACCCUUUUUGAAUUUUUAUUUAUUUAUUUUUUGGUGUGAUGGCAUGGAGGGGACAAAGAAAUUCCCAUUUUAUGUGACAGUCUGUGAGAAGAGAAACUUUAGCUUUAAAAACUCCUUAGAAGAAGAAAACCAAGCAAGUCUUCAGUUUGUUGCGGUGCCCAGCCUUUGCUUCAAAGUUCUGUUGAAGAACUUUGAGUGUGAUAGUCCUUAAGAGCACUUCUGUUUUCAUUUGGAGUACAGGACAUAGGGUAGAGUAAGGGUAAGGCUAAGACCUGGAAUCUAAAACCACUGAAUCAAACAAAUUGGAUCACUGGUCUCUGGCUUUACAGAUCAGCUUUCUGAUUCUCUUUGGAAGCAUUUUGAAUUUCUCCUUUGAAGUUGGAUUUCCUAAUACUCAUUUUCUCUUAUAUAAUCAGAAAAGACAAAUGCUUGAAUAUAAUACAAAUAUUUCUUCACUUUUUAUUCCUGUUUUCUUGCCUUGUUUUUCAGUCUUAAUGUGAAAUGAUUGAGCUGUGGGUUGGGAAAUAAAAACAAAUUUGUAUAAAUGUGAA